UACGCGUUCUCGUAAUCAAUGAUUACGCCUACAAUCAGUCUAUAUAUACGAUCCGACCGAUUAGCCAGAGAAAACUAGUUGAAUCUCUCGGUAAUCUUCGAGGGGUUCCAGCACUCUAUUAGGUAAACUAGGGAUUCUGCGAGGUGCAACGAGAAUAGAAGAAAGUUCAAAAUAAUUGAUUCGACUGGCUUUAAAAUGGGAGAAGUGCUCGAAGAGAAUGAUCAUCGCGUUCUUAGCAACUGGUUAAAUGUGAACGAUACGAAUGGAACCAUUCACCUGACCAAGGAUAUGGUGUUCAAUAAUGGUCAUCGAUUGUCCAUCACAGUGUACAGCAUACUGUUUGUGAUCUCGACAAUUGGCAAUAGCACCGUGCUAUAUCUGCUGACCAAGCGGCGACUGCGUGGUCCCCUGCGAAUUGACAUAAUGCUAAUGCAUCUGGCCAUUGCGGACCUCAUGGUAACUCUACUUCUAAUGCCGAUGGAGAUCGUUUGGGCCUGGACCGUCCAGUGGCUGUCCACGGAUCUGAUGUGCCGCAUGAUGAGCUUCUUCCGCGUCUUCGGGCUGUACUUGUCCAGCUACGUGAUGGUUUGCAUAUCGCUAGACAGAUACUUUGCCAUCCUUCAGCCGCUGAAGCGUUCCUACAACCGCGGACGCAUCAUGCUGGCCUGUGCCUGGCUGGGCUCUGUGGUGUGCAGCAUUCCCCAGGCCUUUCUCUUCCACCUGGAGGAGCAUCCCAAAGUCAAAGGCUACUUUCAAUGCGUCAUCUUUCACUCGUUCAGGAGUGACUUUGACGAGAAGAUCUAUCAGGCGGCCUCGAUGUGCAGCAUGUACGCCUUCCCGCUGAUCAUGUUCAUCUACUGCUACGGGGCCAUAUACCUGAAGAUCUACCGGAAGAGCCAGCGCGUUCUCAAGGACGUGAUCGCCGAGCGUUUUCGUCGCUCCAACGACGACGUCUUGAGUAGGGCCAAGAAAAGGACCCUCAAAAUGACCAUCACAAUUGUUAUUGUGUUCAUCAUUUGCUGGACCCCGUACUACAUCAUCUCCAUGUGGUACUGGCUGGACAAACACUCGGCGGACAAGAUCAAUCCCCUGGUCCGCAAGGCUCUGUUCAUCUUUGCCUCGACCAACUCCUGCAUGAAUCCCUUGGUCUACGGGCUCUACAACAUUCGUGGACGUAUGAACAACAAUAAUCCGUCGGUGAACAACAGGCACACAUCGCUGUCCAAUCGCCUGGACUCCUCCAAUCAGCUGAUGCAGAAGCAGCUGACCAACAAUUCGCUGCUCAACGGAAGGGGCCAGGCGAUGGCAGCCGCUGUGGCGACCACCACAAAGUUGGCCAAUGCGGUGGGUCUGAAGAGCAACGCCAACUCAAAUGGUUCUGCUGCAGCUGCGGGCAAAGAGGUCACCCAUGUUCCCCCGUCGCCUCCCCUUAAAGUGUCCAUAGCUCCGCUGGCCAGUGAAGACGAGGCCAACGACGAUUCAUGCCUCAGUGCUGUGACCAUCAGGUGCCAGGAUCAAUCCAGGUUCCACCAGAAUUGUGGCGACUCCAUCGAAAUGACCAGUGUGGUUAAGUAAACAAUAACAAAUAGAGCUCCGAGAGCAACUGGAUCAAUUAAGCGAUCUGCUACUGUUCAUCUGGAGAAGUCGGCUUGGAACAAAGGGCAUUUGAUUUGCUAACCAGCUUAGUUUGGAAUUUUCAUCGUAAAUUCUUUUGGCAUUUGCAUUUAGCUAGCUACAAAUUAAAAUGUUUUCAAGACACAACAAAACGCCAAUGCAGGAAAGAUACAAGUUCCGAUUUUAAAUCGCUUUGUUUUGGACCACCAAAUGUUUGGAGAACAAACCUAUCGCAUAGGAAAUACGCUUAAGAUGUAAUACCGCUUACUAUUAGAAAUACUCUAGUUAGUCGGAUUAUAGCUUAUUUUAAAUUAAUUUAUUCAUAACAUAUAACUCUAAACGAAAUCGAAAUAAAAAUAUCU